GCAGGUGCAGCACCUCCGAAAAGUGGACGGGGGGCUCUUUUCCGAUGCGCCGAAAUGGCAGGUUGAGCCUGGCACUGCGCCGGUCCUGCCCUCCAGGCAUCGUGCCCUCUCGAGGUCUAUCUGGUCCAAUACAGUCGGCGUGUACGAGAUUUGCCCUGAGAUGUCCGAGGCCAAGGCUAGCUUCGUCGACCAUAAGCCGAAGCGAUUCGGACCGGUAAAGUCUUUCGUGAACUCGCGGGACAAGUUUUGCCUCCAUCGGGAAGAGACCUUCAAGUUCGGAAAUAAGCAGAUCAUGCGACUGGGCGCACGACCUAAUGCUCCCUCCGAAAAGAGCGGCGGCCACUGA